UGACAUACGACAUUGUAUACAAUAAAAUAACCUCAUUUGAAAAAAAAUAUAUCGAAAGGAAAAUCAUGUAUUAUUCUUAUAUUAUAUUGUUUUUAUCUUUAAUAAUGCUAACUUCCUCUACUUUGAGCCCCAAAUCGAAGAAAAAACAGCAAUCAACGGAAAAACCUUUAGUUAAAAAAACUACUAAGUCUCAAAGUCUGCUCAAGGGGCCUUUGAAUGAAACAGUUUUCCAGAGAAAUUUGGUUAACGACGGUCCUUUAAUGGCUUCAGAUAUUUUAAAAAACCAUUUGGGUUUUUUUCGAGAAACUGACGAAUAUGCAUAUGAUGGUAUAGUUUUAGGUUAUGUUACACCGUGGAAUAAUCAUGGGUAUGAUAUUGCCAAGAUAUUUGGUAACAAAUUUACCCACAUUAGCCCGGUAUGGCUUCAAGUCAAAAGAAAUGGGCCCCUUAAUUAUGAAUUAAGAGGUACACACGAUAUCGAUGUAGACUGGCUCCUAAAAGUAAAAAAUGCCGGAAGAGAAAGAAAGCUAAAAAUUUUACCCAGAAUACUCUUUGAAGGAUGGUCUGGUCAAGAUUUUAUAAACUUGAUGACCAAAGAAGAAGAAAGUGAAAAAUUGAUUAAAAUGCUUGUAGAAUCUUGUAAAAAGUGGCAUUUUGAUGGCUAUGUUCUAGAACUAUGGUCAUCUUUAGCAAAUAAAAUACAAUAUGAUCUCAUAAUAGAUUUCAUCAAAAAUAUUGGUGAUAAACUAGCUCUGGAAAGUCUGGAUACUAUUUUGGUUGUACCACCUAAAAGGGGAAAAGAGCACACAUUCACUGAAAAUCAUUUUGAUGAGUUAUAUGAUCAUGUGACUGCUUUUUCUUUGAUGACAUAUGAUUUUUCUACCAUUUAUAGACCUGGUCCUAAUGCUCCUUUGCCAUGGGUAGAGGAUUGUGUCAAACAGGUUACAUCAAAUCUAAAUAAACGCUCUAAAAUUUUAUUAGGUCUAAAUUUCUAUGGACAUGUAUACACAAUAAAUGGAGGGGGCCCAAUUGUAUAUCGUGAAUACUUGGAAGGACUGAAAAAAUUUAAUGGAGAAUUGAAGUAUGACCCUAUCAAUGCUGAGCACUAUUUUGAUUAUGAUGAUGGCAAAAGACUUUUGGUAUUUUAUCCAACACUGCAGUCAAUUUCAAAAAGACUUCAACUUGCCAAGGAACUAAAGACUGGUUUAUCAAUUUGGGAAUUGGGACAGGGACUCGACUAUUUUUAUGAUUUGUUAUAAAUGGAAUUAAGAAAUAAAUGUAUUUAUUUUAUUAUGAAAAUUGCA